AUGGUAUUUAAGGAAUGUGAGAAAGGAGACAUGCAUGUGUUGAGUGACGUCGGGAUGAGAAUCAUAGAGAAAUGCGAUGGCCUUCCGCUUUCUCUUCGAACUGUUGGAGGGGUUCUUCGAACCAAGGACAAAAGACAUUCAGAAUGGGAAAAAGUCCUCUCUAGUCCAGCAUGGUCUUUUUCGAAACUUCCAAACGAGAAGAUGGGCCCGUUGUACUUGAGUUAUCUGGAUUUACCGCCUCCUCUGAAGCAAUGCUUCACAUCCCUUUCAUUAUUUCCCAAGGACUCCCUAAUUUUUGGGAUAACUUUUGCCAAUAGUUGUAUUGCAGAUGGCUUUGUAACAUCCGAAGACGAUGCGCCCUUGGAAGAUUGGGCAGAAGGGUAUUGGAAGGAGUUGGUGCAAAGGAACCUUCUACAGCCAGAUUCUAAGUGGUAUGAUCAAUUUGUUUGCAGGAUGCAUGACCUCCUGCGGUCUCUAGCUCAACAUAUAGCAGGGGAUGAGUGCUUCAUCGGGAUGCACGAGCAUUUGAAAACAAGAUCAAACAUCCUUGAGGACCUUGUCAUUCUUUCAUACCCCACAUAUUCACGAUCUUCCAGAAGAUCUCUUCAGACAGCUAAGAAGAUCUCUUCCAUUGCCAAUCUCUCAACUUCCUUGGGAGAUCUUGUGCACCUUAGACGUCUUGAUCUCUCUCAUACCAAAAUACGAGAGAUACCGGAGAGUAUAGGAAAUCUUAGAAAUCUCCUAUUCCUGAUACUCGAGGAUUGUGAAUAUUUGCACAACCUCCCUAAUGGUGUCGUGUGGUUAAUCAAUCUGAGGGUUCUAGACAUCCGGGGUGCACCACUUGAUGGUCUGCCUGUGGGAAUAGGGAGACUGAAACAACUACGUUCAAUUCGGGGAUUUGUAGCGAAUGGUUGCGAGGGCUGCAGAUCUGGAGUAGGAGAAACUGAUAGGGAGCAGGAGCACAAGGGGCAUCAAGACGAGAGGUUCUGCACCUUGAAAGAGUUGAAAUCUCUCGUCCAGCUCCGGAAUAUUAGCAUGGUCAAAUUGGAGAGGGUAUCAGACAGGGCUGAAGCAAAAGCCGCUGCACUUCAAGCCAAGCCCCAUCUUUUCCGCCUACUUCUGAGUUGCACGCUACCGAGCAGCUCUUCUGAUGUGCAGCAGCCUCGUGCAAAUUAUUACGAGGAGGAAGAUAUCAAGAGAAUAGGGGAGGUAUUCGAGGAGCUCUGCCCACCGCCAUGCCUUGAACUGCUUGAAAUCAAUGGCUACUUCGGCCAUGAGUUUCCCAGCUGGAUGAUCACACCCUCCUCGUCAUGGCUCCCUAACCUGCUAAGGCUGGAUCUAAUGAAUUGUGGUCUAUGCCAGCAACUUCCACCCUUGGGAAUGCUGCCACAACUGGAGUACCUCUGGAUUAAAGGUGCUUCUGCAGUCACGAGCAUCGGGCCUGAAUUCAUAUUGCUGGCAGGUGGUAGUACUAGUGCAAGAGGACAGAAUGGAAGAAAAAUAGACUCUUGCUUCUCCUCCUACUUCCCCAAACUAGAGAAACUUGGAUUUGAAAACAUGCCUAAUUGGGAAGAAUGGUGGUGGCGGUGGGAGGAGGAGGACAACCAAGCAACAUCGUUGCUACCUUCUCUUAAGAUAUUGAUCAUUAAUGGAUGUCCGGAGUUGAGGUCUCUUCCAGAGAGCCUCCUCUAUCAUGUCACCGCCCUGAAGACAUUACAAAUUACACGUGCCCACAGCAUGAGAAAUAUACAAAACCUCCCCUCUCUUACAGAGUUGAUCUUGGUCCACAACUCAAGUUUGGAAAGAGUGUCCAACUUUCCUGUACUCAAACACUUGCAUGUUGAGGAUUGUGAGGAAUUGAAGGUUGUGGAGGCUGUGAAUGCCGUGGAGCACAUACAGCUCGAUGAUCGAGAAGCAGAGUCUCUCCCAGAGUGGUUAGUAGGUGCUGGUGAAGAACAACCACGCUUCCCUUCCCUCCACAAGUUGACUCUCUCCAACAAAAUCUAUCGCCAAGGACUGCCCGAUUGGCCUCUAAUCUGA